AUGGACACCACAAACAAGACCCACCUAGUAUUGUUUUCAUUUUCAGGAAUAACGGAUGAUGCAACCCUGGUCCCAAUUCUUUUCAUAUUUUUCUUGAAGGUCUACUUGGUGACAUUAGUGGGUAAUCUUGGCAUGGUGGCUCUUGUCCUGAAAAGUUCCAGGCUUCACACUCCCAUGUACUUCUUCUUGAGUUACCUUUCUGUGGUGGACCUCCUCUAUUCAUCAAUCAUAACUCCUAAGAUGCUUUUUGACCUUGUAUCCAUGAAGAAGGACAUCUCCUUUACUGGUUGCACUCUCCAGUUCUUUUUCUUUGCUGCCAUGGCAGCUACCGAGGCGUUUCUUCUCUCUAACAUGUCCUAUGACAGAUAUGCUGCCAUCUGCCACCCCCUCCACUACGUCUCCAUAAUGACCAAGAAGAGGUGUUGGUGUCUUGUCCUCUUCUCCUUCGCUCUUGGCUUCUUGCAGUCAUUAGCACAGACUAGCUGUGUGUUUAGUCUAGAGUUCUGUGGAUCUCACCACAUAGCCCACUUCUACUGUGAUGUCCUUCCCCUGCUUAAACUGUCCUGCUCAGAUACCUUCACCUGUGACAUGGUGACUGUAUUCAUCAUCUCCUCAUGUGGAAUUGGGUCCUUGUUGACCAUCUUGGUCUCAUACAUGUUCAUUGUUUCUUCUAUCCUCCAUAUGAAAUCGGCAGAGGGCAGGAGGAAGAUCUUCAGUACAUGUUCUGCUCAUCUUACGUCAGUUUCCAUCUUGUAUGGUUCUGUAUUCUUCAUCUAUUUACGGUCUCCCACCAGUGACUUUAGUAAACGGGACAAGGUGGUCUCUGUCUUCUAUACAGUGAUAACGCCUAUGCUGAAUCCACUUAUCUACAGUAUAAGAAACCAGGAGGUCAAGAAGGUCCUCAUGAUGUUAUGGGAGGGGGAAUACUGUAGAGCUUUGGAAGAUUGUAAGAGUCAGCAACAGAGCCAAGAUUUAGCCGACCAGUCACCCACAGAGCUUAAAGUGACCUUAUCCUUCACAUGCAAUCUGUCAUCCACAGAGCCGAGAGUCACCCGACCCAUCACCUGCAGAGCCGAAAGUCACCCGACCCAUCACCUGCAGAGCCGAAAGUCACCCGACCCAUCACCUGCAGAGCCAAGAGUCACCCGACCCAUCACCAUCAGAGCCAAGAGUGACCCGACCCAUCACCUGCAGAGCCAAGAGUCACCCAACCCAUCACCAUCAGAGCCAAGAGUCACCCGACCCAUCACCAUCAUAGCCAAGAGUCACCCGACCCAUCACCUGCAGAGCUAA